AUGGGACCAGCUAAUAAAUCCCUAAUAUUUUCAAACACUUUCUUGCUGGUGGGUAUUCCAGGACUAGAACACCUUCAUGCCUGGAUUGGGAUUCCUUUCUGUUCCAUGUAUGUGGUGGCUGUUGUGGGGAACCUGACUAUCCUAGCUAUAGUAAGAGCAGAGCGAAGCCUCCAUGAGCCUAUGUUUCUCUUUCUGUGUAUGUUAUCUGUCACGGAUCUGGUUCUCUCCACAUCUACACUGCCUCGCAUGCUCUGUCUCUUCUGGUUUGGAGCCCAUGACAUAGUCUUUGAUGCCUGUCUCGCUCAAAUGUUUUUCAUCCACAGUUUUACUGCCAUGGAAUCAGGUUUCUUCUUAGCCAUGGCUAUUGAUCGUUAUGUAGCCAUCUGUCAUCCACUGCGCCAUACAACCAUUCUCACUAAUGUUCGAAUUGCUAAAAUGGGAGCUUCAGUGGUAUUCCGGGGAGUAGCCUUCUUUUCUCCACAUCCCAUCUUGCUCAAGCGGCUGCCCUAUUGCAAAACUCGAAUUAUUGCCCAUACUUACUGUGAAUUUAUGGCCGUGAUAAAGCUGGCUUGUGUGGACACAGGAGCCACCAAGCGUUAUAGUCUGAGUGUGGCAUCUGUUAUUGGAUCCUGUGACGGGUUUUUUAUUGCUGUCUCAUAUGUCCUAAUCCUCCGUGCAGUCUUUCGGCUUCCAUCAAGGGAAGCAAGUCUUAAAGCUUUGGGUACGUGUGGUUCCCAUGUUUGUGUCAUUCUUGUUUUCUACUCUACAGCUGUCUUUACCUUUCUAACUCAUCGUUUUGGCCACAAUGUUGCUCCCCAGAUUCAUAUAUUCAUUGCCAAUAUGUACCUUCUAGUGCCACCAUUUCUUAAUCCCAUUGUUUAUGGAAUUAGGACCAAGAAAAUCCGAGAGCGUGUCCUUAGUACUUUAAGAUUAAAGACUGCCUGA